AUGAAUGGGUUUGCCUUUGUUAUAAAGAUUAUGAGAACUGGUUACUUCUGGAUGACUAUGGAAAAUAAUUGUAGCAAGUAUGUGCAGAAGCGCCCAAAAUGCCAGAUGGACAGAGAUUUGAUUCAAAUUCCUCCACAUGAGCUUUAUGUUAUGAGUUUACCUUGGUCUUUCAUAGCUUGGGGUAUAGAUGUUAUCGGACCAAUAGAGCCACCAGCGUCAAAUGGGCAUAGAUACAUUUUGUUCGCUAUUGAUUACUUCAUUAAGUGGGUCAAAGUUAUUUCAUAUAGAGCCGUCACCAAGAAGAUGGUUGAAGAUUUUGUCAAGAACUUGAUUUGCCAAUUUGGAGUGCUAGAAUCAAUUAUUACUGAUAAUGGAGCUAACUUUAAUUGUCACUUGAUGAAUGAGAUUUGUGAUCAGUUUAAGAUUGCUCAUCGCAACUCGACCACAUAUCGUCCACAAAUGAAUGGAGCCAUGGAAGCUGCCAAUAAGAACAUCAAGAAGGUAUUGAGGAAGAUGGUAAAAAAUGAUAUAUCAUGGCAUGAGAUGUUGCCCUAUGCUCUAUUAGGGUAUCGUACAAUAGUUCGAACCUCCACUGGGGUAACUCCUUAUCUAUUUGUGUAUGGAAAUGAAGUUGUGAUACCUUCCAAGAGAAUGGACGCCGUGUGUCAUAGCCAGUUGUACCAACACAGAAUGAUCCGUGCCUUCAACAAGAAGUUAAGAGCUCGAACAUUUGAAGUUGGGCAAUUUUUUCUCAAAUGCAUAUUCACUCACCAAGAAGAGUACAAAAGCAAGUUUGUUCCAAAUUGA